AUGCUUCAAAUGAUUCAAAAUGCGAAAAAAUUAGGAGGUCUACAAGGAGAAGACCCGCAUGCUCAUUUGACUAGCUUUGUAGAGAUGUGCAACGCAUUCUCUCUACCUGGUGUGACUCCCGAAGGAAUUAGAUUGUAUUUCUUCCCGUAUACAUUGCGAAACAAGGCAAGAAGGUGGGCUCAGUCACUAGAGCCAAAUGAAAUCAACGCAUGGGAUCAGUUGGUCGAAAGUACCUCGUCUUUGGAAACAUUAUUGAAACAUUAUAUUGAGAAGAACGAGGCAAAUAAGCAAUCGCAAUCUUCCUCCCUUAGAAAUUUGGAGGUACAGAUUGAACAGCUUGCGAUCGAACUUAAGAAAAAAACACCUGGUACGCUGCCUAGUAGCUUGGGAACAUCAGGACCAAAUGGUAAAGAGCAAUGUCAAGCAGUGACAUUAAGAAGUGGCAAGACAACGGUUCCCAUGCCACUAGUACUGGACUCAGUAACAAGACCAGUAGACUUAACCAUUAACGAUGACCAUUCAACCACAAAUAAAAGAAUUACCAGUUCAGAAGAAAGUACAUCUACAAAGGAUGAAUCUCAGCAAGACUCCAAUGCAAAGUCACUGCAACCUCCAGCUCCUAAAACACACUAUGUGAAAUUCCUCAAGGACAUACUUGCCAACAAGAGGAAGAUUGGGGAGAAUGAAACGGACGCAUUAACAUAUGAGUGUAGUGCGCUUUUUCAAAACAAUAUCCCCACUAAAAUGAAAGAUCCCGAGAAUUUCACAUUGACAUGCUCAAUAGGGGGAAAAGAAGUCGGAAAUGCGCUAUGUGAUUUGGGAGCGAGUGUAAACCUAAUGCCCUUGUCAAUCUUCAAAAAGUUAAAUAUCGGCAACGCAAGACCAACCACAAUUACAUUGCAGUUGGCCGAUAGAUCAAUAACGCAUCCAGAGGGCAAAAUAGAGGAUGUACUUAUGCAAGUGGAUAAGUUCAUUUUCCCUACAGACUUUAUCAUAUUAGAUUAUGAAGCUGAUAUUGAGGUACCUAUCAUCUUGGGUCGCCCAUUUCUUGUAACAGGGCGAGCACUCAUCAAUGUACAGAAAGGAGAACUUACUAUAAAGGUCAACGAUCAGCAGGUUAAGUUCAACGUCCUCAAUGCGUUGAAAUACCCGAGUGAUAUGGAAACUUGUCAAUAUGUUGAGGAAUUGCAGGAAGAACAUUGGCACGAGUUCUUAGAAGAAUCGGAGGAAGAAGACUUUGGGAUCGGCGCAAUGUGGGAGUAA